UUUCCUAAAGCCUGGAUGCAAUACCAACAGCUACUUUGUUCCCUGGGAACCGAAAGAUUGCAAAAAUGACAAGGAUCUCAGUGUCUGGGAUCAUUGUUGCUUCUAUCUUCACCUUCUGCACCAGUGCAGGGCAGGAAAUUGGGAACACAUUUACAGAGAAAGGUCUCUCCUUGCUGGGCUACCAUUUAUGCAAUUAUAGUGUGACCAAGCAUGUGUCUAAAAUGGUUCCCUAUCAAAAGUCAUAUGAGAAGCAAACUCCAUGUGGUGGAUGGAUUCCUUGGAGAGUUUGUACUAAAACUUACUACAAAGAAGAGUAUCAUGCUGUCACGGUCCCAGAGCCUAUGAACGUGACAGACUGCUGUGAAGGAUAUGAACAAGUUGGUCUCUAUUGCUCCUUCCCCCUAAACAGAUCCAGCGAAUUUGCCUCAACACUUGGUGCAUGCCCAAAGGAAGUGGAAGAGUUAAAUGUUUCCUGCACUAUUGAUAGAGAUUGUCCAGAACGUCAAAAAUGCUGUGAGACUUCUAAAGGAAUGGGUUGUUCAGACCCCGUACCUGAAGAGCAAACAAUGACAAAAUACUGGUAUAAUGUGUCAGUCCUGGUGAAAAUGGAUUUCAAAGAAUUAAUCAGAGUGGACCCAAGACUUCUGGAACAUUCACGCCUUUUGCACUCUAUGAUUACUGGAGCGUUGUGGCCCUUAAAUGUCUCAAUGUACCAUAUCCAGACUACACAAGCAGAACCCUAUGCUGAGACAUUAGCAUCUCAGGUCCUGAUUGGCUUGCAGCAGCCUAUUCCAUUGGUGAACCUGUCUUCUUCGUUGAAGGACAUUGUGAUGCGAGUGUCUGAAGUUAUCGACACAGAUGUACAAGUCUUAGAUUCAGCAAAUAUUCUGUUUAAAACUAGCAAUACUUCUGCUCAGGUGACGAAUUUAACAUGUGCAUCACGAAAAAAUGGCAGAUCAAUAGAUUCUAAAUGCCUUCCCUCGGCCAUUAAGGAACACAGGAUCUUCAGUGUUACUCACAGCAGUUUUGAAGUGUCUUGGAGCGUAGAGCCUUUGCUGAACCAUACCUUCCAAGUAGAAGUGUACAAAGGCAAGGAGUUGAUUCAAGGAAUGGAAACUACCAAUAUGACACUGGAUGUGUUUGGACUGGAAGCAGGCGUAAUGUACAUUGUGAAGAUCAGCUAUGAAGCUUGUGAUAAAAACAUUGUAUCACAUAGAAAUGUGAAGACUGAUGCUUUGAUAUUUGGUAUUACAAUAAGGAUCCUGAACUAUAACUUCACCGAGCAGUUCUUAAACACAAGCACCAGAGAAUACCAGAGAUUUUUCAGCAUUUUGAUGACAGAGAUUGAAAAAUCGUUUCCUACAAAUAUGUUUGCAUUGUACAAGAUGGGGAAACUGAAAGUACAAACGGACUCUAUUAAAGCUGGAAGUAUUAUUGUGAGGCUAAAAAUGAUAAUAGAAGACCCCCAAUUUCCAAAAGACUUGUCUGUGUUUGACCCCAUGGUUUCGUCCCUUCACAAAAGUUCUGUCCUUCAUGUUGACCCACGGAGCUCUGUAGUGGAAGACUGGGAUGAAUGUACCCGUCCAGCAGAAACUGACUGCUGUGUUUUUGCAGAAUGUAUCAAUACAAUAGGUUCGUAUAUGUGCAGAUGCAGGACAACCACAGAUGCCAAUCCCUCCCGACCUGGGAGGGACUGUGAAGGUGAGAUUGUAGAUCCUGUCACAGAAAGGAUACCUAUAUUUGAAUCUGAAGGACUACCUGUGACAAGUGCUGGUACUCUACAUGAGGCAGAAAUGAGGACUUCUAAGAACCGUGAGGCAGCAGCUAUGCCUGUUGUACUGCCAAGUGGCACUCAAGAGCCAAACACAUCCACAACAGACAAAAUGGCACCAGCAUCUCAGAAUGUCAGCACUUCUGGGUCUGUCAGCAAUAAUAACAUGCUGAGCAUCUCUGAAACACCACCUCAGGUAACAGAGCAGUGGGCCAGCAUAACUACACCAAAUGAGAACUUAGCUGAACAGAGAUCAACUACUCCAGAUCAGCAUGGCUCUUCUUUGUCAAUAUUACCUGCAGUAUCAAAUACCACCGUUUAUACUCAUGGAAAUGGGUCAUUAGGAGAAACAAGCACAUCUGGUCUCUUACCUGAAGGAAUUACUUGGAAAGUUCCAACUUCAGCCCAGUAUGUUACAGAACACCCCACAAUUCUAAAUAAUACAAUUGAUGAGAAAAUGGGAACAGACAAUAGCUCUUCAUCAGAGAAAAAAUCACGUUCGCUGCCAGCUUCUUCUGAAGAGCAGUCAUGGUCUUCUACCACAAUUGGCUCCCCAACCACAAACUGUAGUGUGUUCUUUCCAGUUGAAAGGAUUGUUUUUUCCAAUGUAACCAGUACUGGCUUUCAGGUUGUCUGGACUACAAAUUAUACACAGGAUCCUGCUUUCCUGUUUCUGCUGCUUGUUGGAGAAAAGCUUAUACAGGAGUUUAAGACCCAGAACUGCAACCUGACUGUUUCUGGACUAGAACCUGGGGUCCUGUAUACUGUUAAAAUCAAGACAGAGGUGUGUGAAAAGAACAGUAAACCAGCACAGCGGAAAAUAAAGACAGCUGCCCAAAAAUUUAGUGGAACAGUCAGGAUAACAAAUCGGAACUAUAGUUCAGGGUUCACCAAUUCAAGUAGUGAAGAGUACCAAAAUUUUACACAGCUGUUUCUCACUGAGGUCCGCAAUCAUCUGCCCCUUUACAUUCUUCAACAAAUGGAUGUUGGGACAAUUAAACUAUUGAUAACAAGUGUUUCGAAUGGAAGCAUAGUGGUAAACUUUGAUUUACUGUUAGCAAUAGACAUGGAUGCAGACAAUGUUUCCAGAGCUUUCCUUGAUGCUUUUCAACACAGCCACUGUUUCAUAAUUGACAACAGCAGCCUCUCCAUACAUGAUUAUGAUGAAUGUGACAGAGAAGAAACAGAUUGCUCUCCGAAUGCAUCUUGCAGUAACACUUAUGGAUCUUAUGAAUGCAACUGCAAAGAAGGAUUUUCCAGUGUAAAUCCUGAGAGACCUGGGAGAAACUGUGAAGAUAUUCACAGAAAACACCAGAACAGCACAGUUAUGCCUUGGAUAUAUUCAAAUACUUCUACCAAUAUGCCUUCAUCGGCUAAAGAGGAUUCUUCCAGAACCUUAGCAAAUACAACCACCGGCGUGGCAGUUACUAGAGUACCUACACAACCAAUACUAAAUGGUCAUAGUUCAGCCCAAGUCUCUUCCUUAACUGUCACUAAAUCUGUCCAGGAGAUUCCCAUUAAGAACGCAGUUCGAGUGGUAUGUGAGAUUGAAAAAGUUGUCAUCACAAUUCAGAAACUCUUUCUGCAGCAAGAAGCUAUCCCAGAAUCUUCCUUGUACCUGGGAGAACCUCACUGCAAUGUAAGCAUCAGCAAUUCCAGCCACGUCAUCCUUCGGACUGGGUGGAAUGAAUGUGGAACUGAAGUACACACUAAUACAACACACACCAUAGUGAAAACAGUUCUCCGGAAUGAUAUGUCUUCCCUGGGGGUCAUCCAUCACUUAAAGGUUGUUAGUCCAGUUCAUUGUGUAUUUCAGAACGAUCUCUUGACUUCAUCUGGAUACACUCCGGAGGGGGUUUAUACUAUUUUCGAAGAUUUACAUGGAGCAGGACACUUCUUAACAGAGAUGCAGCUCUUCAUUGGAAAUUCUCCAAUUCCCAAAAACUUCAGCAUCUCUGCUAGUGAUGACAUAAUGAUUGAGGUGGGAAUUCAGAAAGAAGACAGCAAGCUCAAGGUGGUUGUCAGCGAAUGCUGGGCAACUCCAACUAAUAACUCAAUGGAUCUUAUAUCAUUUCCUUUUAUUCAUGGCAGUUGUCCAGUUCCAAACACUCACACUGCUAUUAAUGCAAAUGGAAUCUCCCGCAAAGCCCAAUUUAAGCUGAAAAUCUUUUCCUUCGUCAACAACUCUGUGGUUUAUUUACACUGCAAAAUCCAUAUUUGUGUGGAAAAUCUGGGAAGCACUUGCAAGACGAACUGCAAAGGUUUCCGUUCUUGGAGGACUGGGGAAACUAUUGCAAUGCCCCGUGCAUCCUGGGGGCCUCUGCGCAAAUCCAAUGAUGAUUUAAAUGAAGAAAAGAAGCCUGGCUUAGGAGUAGGCUACAUAGUCCUUAUUGUCGUUGGCGUAUUUGUUCUUGCACUGGGAAUAGCAGGCCUUUUGGUUUUCCGAUACCAACGAAAGGCUGGAGCAUACGACUUCCAAAUCAAGUCUGACAAUUUUAGCUACCAAGUGUUCUAUGAGUGAAUGCAUCAAUUGC